AUGGCAGGCCAAAAGAUUCAUGGUACGGGAUAUGGUCUGAUGGGUCUUACUUGGAAGAAAACACCGCCACCGCAAGAACAGUCUUUCGCAGCUAUGAAAGCCGCCCUCGACGCAGGAGUUAAUCUCUGGAACGGUGGAGAAAUCUACGGAACUGCCGACUCCAACAGCCUCCAUCUCCUCCAUGCAUAUUUCACCAAAUAUCCUGAAGAUGCUGAAAAGGUUGUGAUUUCUAUCAAAGGUGGGAUGAAGUAUGGAGAACUGAAAGUUGAUGGGAGUGCGGAGAAUACUCGGCGCAGUAUUGAUGAGUGUUUGAAAGUUCUGGAUGGCAAGAAGAAACUCGAUAUUUGGGAAUCUGCUCGUGUGGAUCCCAAUACACCGAUUGAGGUGACGAUGAGGGCUGCCGAGGAGUAUGUGAAAGCUGGGAAGAUUGGUGGUGUUGCAUUGUCCGAAUGCAGUGCAGACACGAUUCGUCGUGCGUCGAAGGUUGCUAAGAUUGAGGCUGUCGAGGUGGAGUUCUCGAUGUGGUCGACUGACAUUUUGGAGAAUGGCGUUGCACAAGCGUGUGCAGAGCUUGAUAUUCCAAUCGUUGCGUACAGUCCUAUCGGCCGUGGAUUCCUCACAGGACAGGUCAAGAGAUUCGAAGAUAUCCCAGAGGAUGAUAUGCGCCGACAUAUGCCUAGGUUCCAGCCUGAGAAUUUCGACAAGAACCUGAAACUUGUCCACGAGCUUGAGAAACUCGCCCAACGAAAGAACGCUACGCCAGGUCAAGUCGCUCUUGCGUGGGUGCGGGCGCAGAGCCACAAGCCCGGCAUGCCGCUCAUCAUACCUAUCCCAGGCGCAUCGACUGCGGAGAGGGUGAAGGAGAACUCGAAAGAGAUCAAGCUAAGCGACAAUGAUCUCAAGGAGAUCGACAGCCUGAUUGAGAGCGUUGAGAUUGUCGGCGGUCGAUAUGACGAAGCUCAAUCUGCCCUCAACUUCGGCAGCACUCCACCACUGCAGGAGUAA